AAUGCGCUUCAUGGAACUGCACGUUACAAAAUUUAGUCAUUCUUUGAACUCUCACUUUGUCUCUCAAUUAUGGCUUUCCAAAUGUACUUACGUUUUGUCAUUUCAGUUCUGGCUUUAUUUUUUAUCACAGUCUCUGGUUCUCACCUUGCAACUUCAGAUAAAGCAUCACUGCCUAAAUUUGCUUUCAGUUGGUUGGAUGAUAAAGACGCUUUCAGGGCUGGUGAUACCGCAACAAUAAAGAUCAAAGUACUGGAACAUGCUGACAAGAUUGACAAAAAUGCUUUUAAUCCCACUCUCACUGUGAAUGGAAAGACGGGGAAUAGUUCUUUUGUAUCUGGGGUUGUUUCGGAUUUCAGGGGUGAUUUUAAUGAUUGGAGAAUCUACUUCACUCCUAUCACUGCUGGUUUAUUCAAUGUGUUUAUUGAAGAGGUCCAUUAUGAAGUGCUGGAUUCAUCCAUGCAUUUCCAAGUUGAACCAGGCCAAAUGCACUUAUCUGUAUGCGUCGCUUCAUGGAUGAAUCUCGUUAAUGAGUUUGAAGCAGGGACAAAAGCAAUAGUUCUAAUACUUCCAAAAGAUGCAUUUGGGAAUAAUAUCUCUUCCACCAGUGAAGAGCCAAAUUCACAUAAUUUUACUAUGUCAGCACUUUAUGCAAAUGGUUCCAUUGCAAGUGUCCCCAACAUCACCUUCAUGGGUUGGAAUGGAUUUGGUUAUAUCGUCAUUGAGUUUGUUGCAGUGCAAGCUGGAGACCUAUUAUUGCGUGUAGAAGGUGACAACGAAACUCUAAAUGGCUCUCCACUUCCAUUUAAGGUGAACCCAGGACCUCUAGAGAUUUCCAAUUGCAUGGCUAAAUGGAACUUUGAGCCAAAUGGGUGGCAAUUAUACUCUAAGAUGGAAAUAUUUAUACACCAGAUGGAUCAAUAUGGAAACCUUGUUCCAGGAUUGUAUGAAUUUGAUGCUGAAGUUGUUGAAAAAGAGACAAAUUUGUCUACACCUGUUGCAGAUUUGCACUUUGAAGAAGUCAUGGCAGGAAUUCAGUUGUUUUCUUUUAGCAAUUCUGAACCAGGGAACUUUUCGCUCACAGUAUAUGAUAGCAAGCAUAACAAAAGCAUUUCCAAUAUGCCACAUGCUUAUACUGUCUUUGUAGGUUACAGCGAUGGGUUAAAAAGUGUUGUCAAUGGUUCUGGUUUAAACAAUUCGAUUGCUGGGAAAAUGGCAGAGUUCUCAGUUUAUUUGAACGAUUUUUAUCAAUAUCCCUCUCCAGUUGAAGUCGAAAGGCUUCAAGUACAGAUUGUAAGGCAAAUUGAUUCCUAUUAUGUAUUGCCAAGCAUAUCCCCUCUGCAUAUCAUCAAUGGCAGUGAACCCACUAGAACAUUAAGAUAUGGUGCCACCAGCCAGAUAGAAAUUGCUCCUUCACCAUCUGUGGACCUGAAUAACACUUCUGUUGGGAGCUCAAAAGUUCAGGCCAGUUCCUUUAAUGUGGCUUAUACACCUGAUAAGAGUGGGAUUUAUGAAAUUCGUGUAUUUUGUGGAAAUGUUCUACUGAAUGGUGGUCAUUCAAUCACCAAGGAAGUAAUACCAGGGGAAGUUAAUGUGUCGCUCUCAGGAGUUCUGAGAUACGCUCCCAAGGUGCCAAAGCAAAUAAAGAAUGAAGUGGUAGUGCAGCUCAUGGAUUCAUUUCAUAACCCUGUUUUGUCAGAACAAUCAAGGCUGAAAUUAGAGAUUGCUUCUGUCAACAAUUCUGGUUUCUCAACUGGGAUGUUUGUGGAUAACAAUGAUGGAACAUACACUGUAAAUUAUCUGGCUAAGGAUGUUGGAACUUAUGAGAUGUGUGCUUCUUUUGAUGGAAAUCGUUUUCUACCCUGUCCCUUUGGGGUCAAUAUAUACAGUAGUGAAUAUUUUCCCAUGGCCUACAAUGAUACAAUACCUGUUUGGGAGGAUGAGUCCAUUGCUUUUGAUGCCUUAGCAAAUGACUACUUUGCUGGCCACAAUGCAAGUAUUGUUCAAUACACAAAACCAGCUCAUGGUUCACUCCUACAGUAUGGAAGGCUUCUUAGAUACACUCCUUACAAAGAUUAUUAUGGGAAUGAUUCUUUUUCUUAUACUAUGUCUGAUAUAAAUGGAAAUCUUGCUAUUGCUGCUGUAAACAUUUCUGUUCUUAGUAUCCCACCCCAGUUUGUUUCCUCUCCAAGCCUACUACAAGCAACUGAAGAUGUAUUAAGUCCCAGGUUUGGGGGUUUCUCUGGGUUUGAGAUAAGAUAUUCAGAUCAGAUGGAGAACAUCUCUGUUAAUCUCAGUGCACAAUCUGGGAUUAUCUUUUUAUCUCCAAUGCUGAUGCAAUUUUGGCAGCCAAUGUGGAGUGGACUCUCUGUAAAUAGAGGGGGUGAAGAAGCGAAGGACUUGAUUUUAGAAGGUUCUUUGGAAGUAAUCAAUUCUGCACUUCAGGCAAUUCAGUAUCUUGGAAAUCAGAACUUCAGUGGAAAUGAUACGAUUCGAGUGUCUACUAGGAACAAGAAUGGAAAAAAUGAUUUGGAUGUUCCAGUUUUUGUGGAGCCUAUUAACGAUCCUCCAUUUAUUCAUGUUCCUGAAAUUAUUAUCCUGAAGGGUAAUGAAGAUGAGACACUGAUUUAUAACAGAGAACAUGACAAGUUUGAGUUCUAUAUUGGGGAUCCAGAUCUUCUUAACUUCCCUGGUGGUGAGAUGAACUUUAUUGUCACAUUUUCUGUGGAAGUUAGUGAUGGAUUUUUGGUCACUAGUUUACCAGCUGAGCUCAUCGAUACAACUGAACUGAAGCUAAAGAACAUUUAUCUUUGGCAACCUCUUCAGACGUAUGUCACUAUCUCAAAACAUUUUACAGUCAAAGCUAAUGGAAUUAGAUUCCGGGGCACAGUGAAUGACUGCAACAAUAUUUUGAAACAGCUGUUUUAUCACGGUGGAGGACAUGGUGCUGUUUUAACACUGACAUUAAAUGAUAUGGGAAACUAUGGGUGUUAUCCAGAUUGUUCUGAAAGGGUAUCAUUGCCAUUAUAUACUGAGGCUGCUGUAAAUCUAAUAAGAAGAAGGCCAAUGAGUUCAUUGGUAGCUCAUUCCCUAGGAUCAGCUAUAGUUGUGGAAUCUUUCAUGGUGUUCUCUCUUGGGGUGUUGCUUCUAUUUUUUACAUGCAAAUGUGCAAUUCUUCUUGUAAAUGAAAGAAGCAGCCGACAGAUGAAGACUUCUGAGCUAUCUAUUGUUCAAAGUUCCCAUGAACAAACUCCAAGUACAACUCUAUCUGAGGAUGCAGUUUACUACACUGGGUGGUGUUCAAGUCCCUUCUUGCUUGGCAGCCAAUUGUCCAACUUUCGCAAGCGCUCCAGCCGUCUAUUUGGGAAAGGAGAAUCUAGCAACGAAGCAUUUGGCUCUUCUAAAUCGUUUGGGGAUCAAAGUCAGCAGACUUCUUUCAUGCCACUUGCCAUUGAAAAGGGACAAAGUGAAACAGCUUGAUAUGUUGUAAAAAUUUAAACUAUGACUUUGUAUAACCUUUUCAAAUGACUUUGUAUAUUUCUUGUUUUUAAUGUACUUUUCAAUUCUCAUUUAUCUGCUCUUUGUUUCUAUAUUGCUAGAUUAAGCUUACUUACCGAUUGUGUCAAGUCCCUGGAAGUUCUUAA